GGACGAGCAGAAUCGACACCACUCCGCCGAAUCAGGGACUGAUCCCGACUCAACGAUAACUCCGAGCUCCCGUCAUGGCAGCAACUUCCGUCGGCGGCGCGACCUUGCGAGCGGUCGAAUCGCACCGCAUCCCCUCCCCGGAACUGUCAUCCCAGGCAUCCUCAUUGCGCGCCGCAGAGGCAGAGGCGAGGCCGGUGUCGUGUGAUGGCGGCGCCGAGGAGGACGUGGACGUGCUCCACCUGGACUCCCCGUGGGUCGCGGCGGCUGAGGCGGACUCGAGGCUGGAGGAGGCCGCCAUGGCCGCCGCUGCGGCGGGACUCCGUCUUUGCGCCGAGAACGAGGCAGAAGCAGAUGAGAUACGGGAUAACCUGCAGCGACAGGACGACGAGCUGAUGGCAUUGGAAGCAAUAUAUGGGGAUGAUCUUACUGAGCUAGAAAACAAAGGAGCGCUCCGCUAUUUUCAGAUUUGCAUACGUUACGAAUUGCACGAUGGCGCUGAAGUGUGCGCUAGGUUUCAUUCAGUCAAUAGGAAUGGAGAAGAUGGGCGAUGUCCUGAUGAUUGUACAGAACAACAUGAGGAGGAUGAACCAAAUGACUUCUCCUACUCUUGCAACUUUGAGCACCUACCCCCUCUGAUAUUGACAUGCUUACUUCCGCAGUCCUAUCCUGGCAAAGAGCCGCCAUAUUUUGCAAUCACCGCUAAAUGGAUGGACGGGCCUAAUGUUUCUCAGCUGUGUGAGAUGCUUGACACCAUUUGGGCGGAGCUGCCGGGGGAAGAAGUAGUAUACCGAUGGGUUGAGUGGGUACGAGCUUCUUCUUUACUACACCUCGGUUUCGAUACAAAAAUAACAUUAGGUCUAGAUGUUCCUAUGCACAAAGUAGAUAACCGGGCAAUCUCGAGAAGUCUCUCAUUGGAGUCUGUAAUCCCACUGAUGCUCAGUUACAGUAGUAAGAAGUGCUAUCAAGUUUUUCUUGAGGAUCUACAUGUGUGCAUGAUUUGCCUUAAUGAGAGUAAAGGUUCAAACUUCAUCAAGCUGCCGUGCCAGCACAUGUUUUGUGUGAAGUGCAUGGAAACCUUAUGCAGGAUGCAUGUGAAGGAAGGUACUUUGUUUCAGUUAGUAUGCCCUGAUACUAAGUGCAGCGCUUCGAUUCCACCUUAUUUGUUAAAGAGGCUUCUCGGCGAGGAAGAAUUUGAACGUUGGGAUAAGCUUACUCUUGAGAAAGCGUUGAACUCGAUGUCAGACGUGGUCCACUGUCCAAGGUGUGCAAUCGGUUGCGUGGAAGAUGAAGAUAACAAUGCACAAUGCCCAAAAUGUUGCUUUGUAUUCUGCUCGGUGUGCAAGGAUCCACGUCAUCCAGGGAAGCUGUGUCUCACUCUGGAAGAAAAACUUCAGAGACAGCAGGCAUCAGGCAAGGUGGCCACAAGAGGGAUGGUUGAAAUGCUGAGCAUAAAAGUGCUUUACAGCGAUGUUAAAUCAUGCCCAAAAUGCAGAAUGACCAUCAGCAAAACUAAAGGAUGCAAUAAAGUGGUGUGUAUCAGCUGUGGUCAGGCAUUCUGCUUCCUCUGCGGCGAGGCUGCAAUCGGUGGCUAUGCCCAUUUUAGAGGGAAUUGUGGCCUCUUUGAGGAAGAAAAGGACACAAGGGAUUGGGAGAAGCUAAUGAAACAGCUAAGCCGACAAGUUGAAAGACAGCCCGUAGGCAGUACUGUAAAAUGUCCAAAAUGCCGUCAAAAAAUUUAUAAGGAUGAUGAUAAAUAUAUUUUCUGCUGGGCUUGCCAAGCCAGCUAUUGCACAAUGUGCAAAAAGCCGGUCCAGUUUACAGGGGUACAGGGAGAGCACUGGGGUUCACCGGAAUGCAUCGGGACAAAGUUCUAGCGUCAAUUCCCUGCUCCCAUUGUUACACGUUUGUAGGUUAGGUUGUAGUUUUGCGACUUUCACAAUCCUGACAAAUCACUUGAACAUGAUAUAUAUUACAAGCAAGGGGAAUUAUAUAUUGACCAUGCAUGGUAAAUUACUUUUAUGGUAUUAUUACUCUCUUUCAUCUUC